UCUUAUCUUUAAAAUACAUGCCCGCUGGGCGUACACAGUUACGCUAUUGAGAAAGGAGUUCAUUUUUGAAUGUACAAACGUGUUGUUUCUUUCUCGUCGAAGAUUGCUGAUUAUGAGUGAUCGUGUGCUACGCUUUUAACGAUCAGAAUGGCAGAUGCGUUGAUAAAUCUCUUUGUUGCUGCUGGCUUAAGUGCUCAAAAGGCAAAGGAAACAGCUAAAAAUGAAAUUUUGGCGAAAGAGUUUAAGAACAACAUUGAAAAGGCCAAGCAAGCCAACGGCGGAGGAGAAUUAGACAAGACUGUUGGUAAUCUACUAUACCAUGUUAGCACCAGGCUAAAGGAUAAGAAGAGAACAGAUUUCAUCAUCGGCUACAUUACCUCCAAAAAGAUCAACUCAGAACCGCAGCUCACAGCUGCCUUAGAGUAUCUGAAGUCUCAUCCAUUGGACCCUAUCAAUGUAGCUGAGUUAGAGAAGGCUUGUGGAGUAGGAGUAGUCGUAGACCCAGAGGAUAUUGAGGAUGAGGUGGAACAAGCCAUUGGCAAUCACAAAGAAGGACUUAUGGAGAAGAGGUAUCAUUACAACAUGGGUCCGGUUAUCAGUGAAGUUCGUCAGAAGCUAAAGUGGGCUGAUGGCAAGGCCAUCAAGACAGAGAUGGACAUGCAAGUAACCAUUCUUCUUGGACCAAAAACAGAGGCAGACAUGGUGAAACCAAGCAAGGAUGGAAAGAAAGAAAAAUCUGGUGGUGAAGCCAAAGGCAAAUCAGCCAAGAAGUCCAAAGAGGAACAGAGAAAGUCUGAACCUGAGAAGGAUUUAGAAUCUCCAGCUGAACCUAAGUCAUUCUCCUCCAUCAGUCAGCUGAUGGGUGAUGCUGUCAGGUUUCACAAGCCAGGUGAUAAUUACAAGACCGAUGGCUAUGUCAUCACAUCCAAGACCAUGGAACUACUUCAACAGCACUUGAAACUCACCGGAGGCCAGGUUCGCACUCGCUUUCCUCCAGAACCCAAUGGUAUUCUUCACAUUGGACACGCAAAGGCCAUCAACUUCAACUUCGGUUAUGCAAGGGCCAUGGGAGGCAUCACUUUCCUGCGCUACGAUGACACCAACCCCGAGAAGGAAGAGGAGAAGUUCUUCACGGCCAUCUACGACAUGGUGACCUGGCUCGGUUACACACCCUACAAGGUCACGCAUGCAUCAGACUACUUCCAGAAUCUCUAUGAGCUGGCUGUGGAGCUCAUCAAAAGCAAUCUUGCGUAUGCGUGUCAUAUGAAGUCAGAGGACUUGAAAGGCUUCAAUGUACAAGAUUCACCAUGGAGGGAUAGACCAAUAGAAGAAAGCCUUAGACUCUUUGAGGAUAUGAAGAAAGGCAAGUUUGAAGAGGGAGAGGUAACACUGCGUAUGAAGACUACUCUAGAGGAGGGUAAGAAGGAUCCAGUGGCUUACCGUAUCAAGUAUACUCCCCAUCACAGGUCCAAAGACCAAUGGUGUAUAUACCCAACAUACGACUACACCCAUUGUCUAUGCGACUCUAUUGAGCACAUCACCCAUUCACUAUGCACUAAGGAGUUUCAGUCCAGACGCUCUUCCUACUACUGGUUAUGCAACGCUGUGGAUUUGUACUGCCCUGUACAGUGGGAGUAUGGUCGGCUUAACAUGCACUAUACUGUCGUCUCUAAGAGGAAGAUUGGCAAGCUUAUUUCAGCCGGCAUUGUCAGAGACUGGGAUGAUCCAAGGUUGUUCACCCUCACAGCACUCAAACGCAGAGGCUUCCCACCUGAAGCUAUCAAUAUGUUCUGUGCAAAGAUUGGAGUGACCAUGUCGAAGGUGGCCUUUGACCCCAGUAUGCUGGAGGCCUGUGUGAGGGAGGUUCUGAACAACACUGCUAAGAGGGUGAUGGCUGUUCUUGAUCCCAUCAAAGUCACCAUAUCAAACUUCCCUGAUGCCAAGGCUCGCUUACUGGAUGUACCCAACAUCCCACAUGAUCCCUCUCAAGGAACUCACUCCAUCCCGUUCUCUUCUGUGAUCUACAUCGAGCGAUCAGACUUCCAACAGAAAGCAGAGAAGGGCUACAGACGGUUGACUCCUUCCCAGCCUGUUGGUCUGAAAUACACUGGCAAUGUCCUUAGUGUGGAAUCAGUGGUGUGUGAUAACAGGGGAGAAGUGACUGAGCUCAAGGCUAGGAUCACACACCUUGAAGAGACCAGUAAACCCAAGGCAUUCAUUCACUGGGUGUCCAAUCCCAUCCCAUGUGAAGUCCGCAUCUAUGAAAGACUAUUCAGACAUAAGAACCCUGAGGACCCAGAAGAAGUUCCAGGAGGUUUCAUCACAGAUUGCAAUAAGGACACUUUGACUGUGAUGAAUGAGACACUUAUCGACCAAUCAGUGAAAGGAGCAAAGAUCUACGAUAGAUUCCAGUUUGAAAGGAUUGGCUUCUUCUCCAUAGAUACAGAUACCACAGCUAAUAAGCUGGUCUUCAACAAAACAGUGGCCUUGAAGGAGGACUCAGGGAAGAACUGAUUCAUCCUCUACUCAACACUCCUUCCCUAUGGGCCUCGUCACCUUGUUUUAUUCAACAAUAUUUUUAUCCAUCGUUAUAAAUAAUCAUUUCCGUACCUUCCUGUAUUCUCUUUCCUAAGCUUAACCUGUUUGACCUCAUUUUUAUUUAACAUGCAAUUCCAAUAGUUAUUAUCCCAAGCUACCUUUGACUGAGUAUGCAACUGGGUAAACUAAUUUGCGUAUUAUUAUCUUUUGGGACUUCUUUUUAAUUCUUAGUGUAGAUUAUGUGUAGGCUAUCCUAGCUGAUUGUCAAUAGAUGUUUCCAUGCAACUUAAUUUUCCUGAAGGAGAUACAAAAAAUACCUAGCUAAGAAAAAAAAAAUCAUGAAUGCUUUUAUGAAGUCGAAUCUAAGACAAUUGCAAUACCUCACUUGAUUUGUUUUUAGAAAUUUUGUGUGGAAUAUAUGAAAGGUCAUUUCCACAGGCAAUGAAUGCUUGGCUUUUGAAAUUGCCCAUGAAUUCCUUUUUUUUUUGCAGUGGUGUUUUGUGCAUAUCUUUUAAAUGUUGCAUUUGCCAGACUUUAGAAUGAACCACUGAUAUUCUUUUUAACAGUGAUGAUAUUCAGUCAUCUGUUAAGCCCUUCUCAUAUCAUCCUUUUAACCUUUCUAUGGAUGGACAUUGUAAUUUGUAGAUAUGAACAGAACUUAAAUAACUGUGUUGAAGUGAAUGGCAGUGUAAUGCAGGCUGAAGAGUGCAUUUUGUGCGGUCUAUUAAUAUUCUGUUGGAGAUUACUAUAUGCUCUUCCAUGUUUAUUUGGCAAGGGGGUGGAUAACAAUCAAGGCAAUGUGAGCUGUAUGGAGUGGAUCAUAGACUGUCAAGUGAUUUCAUACAUUUGUUCUCAAUCACUUGAACGUCAAUGAACGUAUUCACAGUAAAUUUUUUGUAAGAUUUCUUUAACUGUCUCAGAAAGUGAAACUAUGAAUACCCACUAUUACUUUCAUUUCAUUACUGAUACCUCAACAAAAAAUGUACAUAUGUUAUGUCCUGCUUAAUCUUACAUACUGUAACAGUGUGAACUGAAUUUGUUUUAUUGUCUGAAAUUCCGUUUGACACUAUCUUUAACACUUCGAAACCAUAUAUAUCUUCUGUCUCCACAUCAAUGUACUCACUUUCAUGAGACGAUUCCUUUUCUUUCAUUUCCCCCUUAAUUUCAGCCAUUUUAGAUAAUAAAAGAUAUCAUCCUUCAUUGAAUUGCCAAUGUGUCACUAAUAUUGCUCUCCUUAGUGGUGUUUACGGUAGUUGAAAUGAUAUGUUAUGAUUUGAUGAAUGUUUUAUUCAAAUAUAGACAAUUGAUAUAUGACUUUAAUUGCUCUUAAGCAAUGUGUUCAUUCAAUUAAGUUUCAAUCAUGAUGUCUUUAUUAGCUAUGACAAACCUAAUUUUGUUUUCAAAAUGAAGUUGAAUUGCUUUUAUCACUGCAAAUUUCAAGAUUUUCCUUGAUAUAAUUUUUCUGUUUUACUUGAAGACUUAGACCAAUAGAAGAUUUCAACAAAGUUGCUCAUUCUGUUAUUGUUCAUUACUAAAUAGUCGGUGUCAUUGUAACCAAAUGUACAUGAUUAUCAAACAUACAUUGCCUUUUUUGCAGAAACAAAUAUCUUUUAUUUAUUAAAAAUAUAUAAUGAGCUAAAAUUAGGGCACAAUAUCCUAUUUGGGUGGAAUAGUAUACUGGCUAUAACUAGAUUUUUGCACCAAAAACUUCAAGUUAUGGAAUUACAUCUGUCAGUGUAAAAUUUGAAUAUACUUGUCCAAGACACAUAUAUAUAUUUUUUUUUAUUUAUUUCAUUUUUAUAGCAAUUGUGUCUCCUAUUUAUGAAGGUCUUCUCUUAGUAGUAAUGUAUCUGAAACAGAUUUAAAAAUGGCUUCAAACAUUUUUUUACCAGGUUGUUGACAUUUGGCAUGCACCUGAUAUCAAUGAACCAACGCACUGUUUUUGAAUAAAAUUCAAAACGAUAUGACAAUUUGAA